AUGGAGAGGAUUGGGCAGCAGCAGCAGCAGCAACAGCAGCAGCAGCAGCAGCAGCAGAACAAUGGCAGCAGCAGUAGCAGCAGCAGCAUCCGAAGAACCAGCAGCAGUAGUAUGAGCAGCAGAAGCAGCGUCAGCAGCAACAGCGGUAACAGCAGCAGCAGCAGAAGAAGCAGCAGCAGCAGCAGCAGCAGCAGCAGAAGCAGCAGCAGCAGCAGCAGCAGCAGCAAAGUACCUAUGCUUAAGGAGGAUAGAAUAGAGCGGCAGCUGAGUUCGUCUCCAUGUGCUGCAGCAGCAAGCAGCAACGAGCUGUGCAUCCAGCCCCGCUGCAGCAGCAGCUGCAUGUCUUUCUCUUUUGUAUCUUCUGCUGCUGCUGCUGCUGCUGCUGCUGCUGCUGCUGCUGGUCGCCGGGGCCGCAGACCCCAGAAGGAGCUCGCGUUGGUUGUUGGCUUUUGA